AAUAUACAUAAAAAUACAAAAACUUUCUCGUGCCCCCUCCCUCUUCUUGUUGAUUUUUACAUUUUGUUAUUACAGCUUUUGUCAACAUAUUUGUUAAUCAACUUGUGUCUCUCUUUUUCUCGUCUUCUUGAAUUUAUAAAACCACUUUUCAAGACUCUAAAUAACAACUUUUCUAGACUUUUUCUUCUCUCCAAGAAGUGUAAAAGCGUAGUUAUUGUACUGAUUUUAAUGUUUUUUCUUUCCACCUUUACUAUUAUCAUCUUCUCCGACAUAAUCUGUGUGUCCUAAAGAUAUCUUGAUUACCCAUUUGCCUCUCCGUUCUUUAAACUCUCUUCAAAGAUCCAUUUGUCACCUCCUCUGUUCAUCGUUGGCUAUGAUAAGCCUAAAGUUCUCAACUUUAUGUGUUUUAACUGUCCUCUGUUUUUCACGGGUCUCCUCUGUUUCCUCCUCCACUUUCUUCAUCAACUGUGGCUCGCCGGAGAAUGCAACAGUCAACAACCGAACCUUCGUAUCCGACGACAACCUCGGCCAAGAAAUCAACCUUUCCUCAGGAGGAGUCUCCGUCACAACCACGGACUCAAACUCCCUUCCUCCAGGAACAGAGUCGGCUCUGUUUCAAACUGCUCGAGUAUUCUCAGAAGAAUCAACUUACCGAUUCACGAUCAACCAACACGGAUGGUUCUUAAUCCGUCUCUACUUCCUACCCUUCGCUUCAUCUUCUCAAGAUCUAACCAAAUCAAGAUUCUCUGUUUCAGCUCAGAACUUCACUCUGUUCAAACACAACAAACCUUCAACGACCUCUGUUAUCAAAGAAUACAGUUUAAACAUCUCAACAAACACUCUCUCUCUCGUCUUCCGUCCUGAAACUGGCUCCUUCGCCUUCAUCAACGCCUUGGAAGUCUUCAAGCUUCCAGAGAAUCUCCUACCUCGAGAGGCAGGACUCAUUAGUACAACAAAGAGUCACAAGCUUAGCGCUCACGCCAUGGAGACGGUCUCUCGGAUCAACAUGGGGAACUUAAGCGUCUCUCGUGGUCAAGACAAGCUAUGGAGGCAAUGGGAUGCUGACGCUAGCUACAUGGGAGGACCUCAUGGCUUCCCUGUGGUGAACCUCAAGGCUGUUAACUUCAGCGCUGGCAACAUAACAGAGGACAUUGCGCCAGUUUAUGUCUAUGGAUCCGCCACGAGGUUGAACGCUGAUAAUGAUCCAACCAAUAACGCUAAUCUAACGUGGACGUUCAACGUGGACCCUGGUUUUGAUUACUUUCUAAGGUUCCAUUUCUGUAACAUCAUAGUGGAUCCUUUAGGGAUCGAGCGUGAGAUAAGCUUUGACAUAUAUGUGAACUCGGAGAGAGUUGAGUCCAUUGAUAUGUCGGCAGCGGUUGCUAAUGAGACCUUUGGAGCUCCUUCUUUCUUUGAUGCAGUGAUGAGGAAGGAGAAUGAAGAGUCAUUGAAUCUUUCUAUAGGUGGAGUUCAGAAUCUUUACCCUGUUUCUUUCAUUAAUGGGUUUGAGAUUAUGAAGCUGAGCAAUGAUAAGAGGAGUCUUGAUGCCUCUGAUUCUGUUUUUCGGGCGCGUAAAAAGAGUUUGAAACUGAGUAUUGGGUUGAUAGCUGGAGUAUCUGCAGCUCUGUUUGUUGCUUUAGUGUUUGGUGUGGUAGUAAUUUCUUUGUGCAUAAGGAGAAGAAGAAAAAUACAGACUAGAGAUGAUGAGCUUAAGCAGAUUGAAACAGGUGAGAGUUUGAUAUUUUCGAGCUCGAAAAUCGGUUAUCGAUACCCUUUGGCUUUGAUCAAAGAAGCAACUGAUGACUUCAGUGAGAGCUUAGUGAUUGGAGUUGGUGGGUUUGGUAAAGUCUACAAAGGUGUUUUGAGGGACAAGACUGAGAUAGCUGUGAAGCGUGCUGCUCCAAAAUCUCGCCAAGGUUUAGCAGAGUUCAAGACAGAGAUUGAGAUGUUGUCUCAGUUCAGACACAGGCAUUUGGUGUCUUUGAUUGGGUAUUGUGAUGAGAACAGUGAGAUGAUCAUUGUGUAUGAGUAUAUGGAAAAGGGAACUCUUAAGGAUCAUUUAUAUGACUCAGAGAACCAAAGAUUGAGCUGGAGGCAGAGGCUUGAGAUAUGUGUUGGUGCAGCUAGAGGGCUACACUAUCUCCACACAGGCUCCACAAGAGCAGUCAUACACAGGGAUGUGAAGUCAGCCAACAUUUUAUUAGAUGAGAACUUCAUGGCCAAAGUUGCAGAUUUUGGAUUGUCUAAAACUGGUCCUGAUCUAGACCAGACACAUGUGAGUACCGCGGUUAAAGGAAGCUUUGGUUAUCUUGAUCCAGAGUAUUUGACAAGACAACAAUUGACUGAGAAGUCAGAUGUUUACUCUUUUGGUGUGGUGAUGCUUGAAGUACUAUGUGGGAGACCAGUCAUUGAUCCAUCUCUUCCAAGAGAGAAAGUGAAUUUGAUCGAAUGGGCGAUGAAGUUGGUGAAGAAAGGAAAGAUGGAAGAGAUCAUAGACCCUUUUCUUGAUGGGAAAGUGAAGCUUGAAGAGGUGAAGAAGUACUGUGAGUUAACAGAGAAGUGUUUGGCUCAAAAUGGAGUUGAGAGACCAACAAUGGGAGACUUGUUGUGGAACCUAGAGUUCUUGCUUCAGGUCCAAGCAAAAGAUGAGAAAGCAGCAGUGGUGGAUGAUGGUCCUGAGGCUAGUGUUGUGGGGUCAACGGUGCAGUUUAGUGUGAAUGGAAUGGGAGAUAUGGCAGGGGUAUCUAUGAGUAAAGUUUUUGCGCGAAUGGUGGUGGGAGAAGAAACGAGAGAAAGAGAUUGAUCUGUGAAGAAGAGUAAUCUAAGUUACUGUAGAGUGUUGUUUGAACAGGAGGGACAAGGAGAGAACACAACUACUUCUUUAUGCAUUGUUUGUUUGUAUACGCUGCAAAAUCGUAAACAUAUUAUUGCUAUUCUUUUCAAAUCUUUAUUUGCGUUUAUACUUUCUGUGUUUUGUUGCCUGCGUAAGGUGGCAUGAUAGCUUUUUGGUUUAUGGCUAAAGAUGUAGUAAAUUCACUAUUAGCCACUUCCAUCUUGGUCGAGUGUUUUACUCGUAGAGGACUUGCGGGUGUUUUCUCACCAAAAGACAUGCUCAUAUAUACUAUGUCCCUGUGGAAC